AUGGUGUCUCUGUGGACAUUGGCUAUUCUCGUCCUGGUUCCUCACGUCACGAAAGCAGCAUUCUGUCACGGAUCACCAAGUAAAAAUGCCAAACAAAACUUAAACCAAAUUUAUACGGAACCUCCAAGAUAUGUUAAGUCUGUAGUGAAUGGCAAGCUCUUUACUGUUGGGUCUGGUGAAGACGCCUUCGACAUUGUACAUGUCUGGGGCAAGCCUUAUGACUGGGGUAAGGCCCAGGGACAGUUACUUGGUGAUAAGGCAGUUAAAAUGAUGGACGCCGUUUGGGAGUAUCUCGAAGAUCAAGUGAUAGAAGCAAUCAAUGGAACUGUCCACAUUUUCAAACCAUGGUUCUUGAAAGACAUUGCAGAUUUUGGCUUGGAAAAAGCACUGGAUUUAGAACUUGACAUAACAAGAAAAUAUUCUGGAUCUUACUUCUUUGAAGAAGCUCAGGGGAUCGCCGAUGGAUGUGGCAUUGACUUACAAAAACUUCUUCGCAUUCACAUGAUAGGGGAACUAACAAAAGGAAGCUGUUCAAUGUUUGGUGCCUGGGGUAGUGCUGUGCCAGUAAAAGGUUCUCUCCUUCAACUCAGGGCUCUGGACUGGAGUGUUGAUGGGCCCUUUAAGGAUUACCCACAGGUGACUGUAUACCAUCCCGCUUACCCAAAGGACGGACAUGCUUUUGCUAAUUUCGGGUGGACCGGUUGGUUUGGAUCAAUUACAGGAAUGAGUUCACAGAAGAUGGCAAUAUCAGAGAUUGGUGUAUCUUUUCCGGACUCGACGUUUGGCUCUGAAUCAAGAUUUGGAACUCCAUUUACAUUCCUUCUUCGAGAUAUUCUUCAGUUUGAUAAAACACUAGACGACUCUAUUAACCGCAUAGCCAACUCCCCGAGAACUUGUAAUCUAAUUCUUGGAGUAGGAGACGCAAAGAUCGGACAAUUUCGGGGUAUUGAAUAUUCGGCCUCUGUAGCAGACCUCUUCGAUGAUCUCAAUAUGAGACCAGCAGAAAAAUGGCAUCCAAAAAUACAAAAUGUCGUCUACUGGGGAAUGGACUGGGACUGUCCCGCAUUUAAUGAAGUUCUUGGAAAUCAGCUCCAAAAGUACCACGGCAACAUCACUGUUGAGAACACUAUCAGGGACGUUGUCUCCAUUGUCCAAUCCGGGGAUCUGCAAGUCGCCAUUUAUGACCUAACUAAGAAUUUGGCUUAUUUAUCGAAUGCCAAAGCUUCUUAUGAAAGUGGUCCAGCGUAUGCCUAUGAAAGUUGUAAAUUAAUUUCCACCAAUUCUGGAUUAUUUACUUCCGUAUGUCAAAUAAACGUGCUAAGAGAAGAAGAAAGAAGGUUGAUAAAAGGACUAAACAGAUAUAUAGAUGCCACAGAAGCAACUGCUGGUUUUGUACCUAAAGACAUUAUAAGUCUUCUUACGAAAGCAGAGGAUGAACAGCAGUUACUAAGUGAUAAGUUCUCGGAGAACCCUUUGAAUACUUUCCACAUUUUGUAUAGAAUUUACCAUGACUGGAAUAAGAUAUUUCGUCUAAUUUGGUGUGACGAUUGUGAAACAACGCCUGCAUCUCAAGAUUUCAACAUUACACUCGGAAUCGUGGAAAGAAAGGUGGGUGGUUGGGUCAAUGAAAGGGAUCUACAGAGUUCAGCUAUUAAUAUUCUAAAGCUUUAUGACAUGUUUGACCUAGACACAAAAGACUUAUUUGAUGGGAAAAUGAACGGCUACACAACGGUUCCUCUUUCUGUCGAAGAACUUUAUUUUAUUGCUUCAAUGGCGGACAAGGAAGACAUGAUGCGUGCUGCUUUAGCAUGGUUUGAAGAACUUUACCGUAGGUUUUCAGAGAACAAAUAUCCCGAUUCUAGCAUCAAUGAGAUUACAGUAGGCAGAGGACUAGCGGGUGUAUACAACAAGAUUGGAAUGCCCCAAAAAGCGAUUGAAGUUUUAAAACAGCUAAUGACAAAAGAAGAAAAUAAUCGACUUCUAAAAAGAGACUUUGAAUUCUACGCAAUGCGACUAAAUGGGAUACCAUUGGAAGAUUGGAGUUCUACACUCGACACCAAGGGCAAAAAGUCAAAAUUUGUACAGCUAUGUCGAAAUUCCCUGAAGUCGGCUAAAGAAGAGGCAAAGUUAAGAUGUAUCUUGAAAGCAUCAGAUAUUCCCUAUUUAUUUUCAAAGGAGGAAAUUUUUCAUAUCAGACCUAGGAUUUCCGUAUUAUACGACGUUCUGGCUGAAAAUGAAAUCAAAAUGAUUAGAAAUAGCACAGCAUUAAGGCAGGCAACAAUUAAGUAUAAACGAAAUUCCGUCAAAAUAACAGCAAUAAAUAGCUAUAGAUAUACCACAAACGACAUUGAUCAAUACUUAAGGAGGACGCUAAGGAAAAGAAUGCGUUUGAUAACUCGGUUACCAAUACAGUCAGAAGAGACAAUGUACAACAUCGAUAGUAGAAGAAUUGCCACAUGGAACUUUGUCCUAAGUGAACCAAAAUACGGCGGAUCUAUGGUUUUUACUUCAAAGAAGACGCGAGUCCCUUUCAUCAAGGGAAGCGUCACACUUUGGUAUAAUCAAAAAUAUGAUGGAAGAAUGGAUGAGAACAUGACACCAACAGAAUGCCACGUUCUUCUUGGAUCUCAGACAGUAUUAGAAGACCACUUGGAUGAAGAUGGAACUAUUUCAACAAUGAAAUGUUUUAAUAAGAAAUGAGUAUUUCUUUAAAAUAGAUAGAAUAUAAAAUUUGUCAGUGAGCUACAGAAUAAGAUUGUUUUGAUAAAUUGACAUAAAAGUUGUCUGUGUGUGGUCAUAAAAGUGUAACAAGAGGUUAAACUGAUGCGUUAUGAUGACCAAAUAUUCAGAGAGGUACAUCUAAUAAAAUGCUAUCAAACCA